UGUAGCUUCAUUUUCGAGGGUGAGGUGCGUUGAGUAUCUUUUGGCGUAUUUUGAUGUCGUGGGACAAUUUUAAAAUGCUGAAAUAGUGUUAUAAUCGUCGAAGUGCUCAAAUAUGUGUCGUGAUAGUGAUUUAUUUAAUAAUUAUUCGAUCAUAGUGUAGUGUUCAACAUGUUUCGAUGUAUACCUUUGUUUAAAUGUAAUCGCCAAGUGGAAUGUGUAGACAAGCGGCAUUGCUCGUUGCCAACAGUACCUGAAGACAUUUUACGAUAUUCCAGGAGUUUAGAGGAACUUUUUUUGGAUGCUAACCACAUACGAGAUUUACCCAAAAAUUUCUUCCGACUUCAUAGGCUGCGGCGACUAGGACUUAGCGAUAAUGAAAUUCACAAGCUUCCACCUGAUAUACAGAAUUUUGAAAACUUAGUGGAGUUAGAUGUUUCUAGAAAUGACAUUCCUGAUAUACCAGAAGAUAUCAAGAAGCUGCGUGCGCUGCAAAUUGCAGACUUUAGCAGUAACCCCAUACCGCGGCUGCCGGCGGGCUUUAGCCAGCUGCGGUCGCUCACCGUCCUCGGCCUCAAUGAUAUGUCGCUUACUAGUUUACCCAGCGAUUUCGGCAGUUUGGUGUCUCUCCAGUCACUGGAGUUGAGAGAAAAUCUACUCAAAUCAUUGCCUGAAUCUCUAAAAAAUCUCACCAAGUUAGAGAGAUUAGAUUUGGGUGAUAAUGAAAUUGAGGAAUUGCCUGGAUUUAUUGGUGAACUCCCGGCUCUCCAAGAACUUUGGUUAGACCACAACAAGCUGCAAUAUUUACCUUCGGAAAUCGGCAAUCUGAAAGCUUUAAUAUGCUUGGACGUUAGUGAAAAUAAAUUAGAAAAAAUUCCAGAAGAAAUCGGCGGUCUUAUGUCACUUACUGAUCUUCAUCUAUCCCAAAAUAUGCUUGAAACUGUACCGAACGGUAUUGGUGAAUUAUCUAAACUAGCUAUAUUGAAAUUGGACCAAAAUAGAUUACAUACAUUAAAUGAAAAUGUAGGAAGUUGUACAAAUCUUCAAGAGCUUAUUCUAACAGAGAAUUUCUUAAUGGAACUACCAAAGUCCAUUGGAAAUCUCAAAGAGUUGACCGUAUUGAACGUCGACAGAAAUUCAUUAGGUGAAAUUCCUCUGGAGAUUGGCAAUAUGACGCUAUUGGGAGUGUUGAGUUUGCGUGACAACAAGUUAACGAAACUACCGAACGAACUCGGGAACUGCAAAUCACUUCAUGUUCUGGAUGUCAGUGGGAACAGAUUACAGUAUUUACCGUACACAUUAGUAAAUUUGGAACUGAAAGCAGUAUGGUUGUCAGAAAACCAAGCACAACCUCUUCUGACCUUCCAAACUGAUAGGGAUGAAACAACGGGAGAAAAUGUACUUACUUGCUUCCUACUGCCUCAGCUCAGUUACACACAACAGCCAGAGUUGGAACAUACAUCAGAGGUCGGCAGUGGCACGUGGUUCAGGGAACACAGAUUUAAUUCACAGUCACAAGAGCUUGAUAGAAUACGAGAAUCAACAUUAUCAAGAGAUCAGGAUUCGGACGACGACUGGGAAGAGAAAGAAGCGUCUAGAACAAUAUCCGUCAAAUUUACUGAAGACGUCCCCGAAGCGAAAGAGGUCUCGUCGUUACAUGAGGAAAGUGAGGAGACGACUCCGUCCGAUUCGUUCUUCAGCGCACAAACUAUGCUAGGGCUGAGGCGGCCGUUAGACGUAGUUCGCAAGCUAGUUACCACGCAGCGGAGGACGUCACUGCAGAGACUCUCCUCCUCUAUUACUAACCUCACUGAGACACCGUUCGUUCGUCAGAACACGCCACAUCCUAAGGAUUUGAAGGCGAAGGCUGUGAAAUUGUUUUCAAGGACGCCCGAACAGCAACCUCAAGAGAAGGUUAACGAACCGCCGACGACCAAUGGACUGGUCAAGUCACCUCCCGAGCCCGUUCAGGCUGUAGAAGUGAUAGAACCGGUGCCACAGCAAGUGUUAAACGAAGAUAAAGAUGAAGAGAGUGACACUCAAACGCUUCAAGACAAAGAGUCGUCGGAGCCCGAAAACGAAGACGAUGACUCUGAGGAACUUGAGCGCGAGCGGCGCGUGGCGUGGUCGGGGGUGCGCGAGUGCGGCGCGCGCGCCGGCGGCCGCCUGCACCGCCGCGACACGCCGCACCACCUCAAGAACAAGCGCGUCACGCCGAUCGACGCGGCCCGCGCGCGCGAUCUCAUUGCGCAGGCAAUCAAAAAACGAGAACAACCCGAACUUAAAACAGACGACGACAUUUUGGAAGAUAUCCCCGACGGUGAAUCGGUAUCGGAGCGAGCGGAUAGCGAAGCACGAAUAGUAAACGAUCAACGAUGUAAAGAGGUGCACAUAGCUCGCGCCGCCGGCGGCCUCGGCCUCAGUAUAGCUGGUGGACGAGGCUCUACGCCGUACAUCGGCGACGAUGACGGCAUCUUUAUUUCUCGAGUUACACCUAAUGGACCGGCGUAUUUAGCAGGACUCAGGGUGGGCGACAAAGUUUUGUCUGUCAACGGUACAUCAGUUGUAGAGGUCGACCAUUAUUAUGCAGUUGAAGUACUUAAAGCGAGCGGACCAACGCUCACACUCGUUGUAACCAGAGAUUCGCCGACGUCAACAAGAACACACAGCCGAGCACCGAGUGGUGCCAGUCACCACUCCGUGUCAAGUACUACUGAUACAGUAUCUACUUUAGAAAAUGGACAGAUACCGACUGGUCGCGGGGUGGGCAAGCCGCUCAUCAUCAGCAACCAAUACGCGCAGGAGUUUGAGCCGGAGGAAAAGUCGCAGCCAGUCGCACCCGUCACACCCGUCGCACCGGCCACACCCGUCACACCCGUCACACCCGUCACACCCGUCACACCCGUCACACCCGUGGGCCGCUCGCCGCAGCCCUACCGUCUGCAGGCCUCGCCUCCACCCGCUACGCAGCCCUAUGUGCCACCUGUGUAUCAACAAAAAGUGUUAGUCCACACGACGCUGAUCCGCGACGGCUCGGGGCUAGGGUUCAGCAUAGCGGGCGGCAAGGGCUCGCCGCCCUACAGGGACGACAGCGACGCCAUCUACGUGUCGCGCAUCUCUCCACAGGGCGCCGCCGCUAAGGACGGCAAGAUGCUGGUCGGGGACAAAGUCGUCUCGAUCAACGGUGUCGACAUGGAGAACACCUCACACGAAACAGCUGUUUCGCUACUGACCGGCCACGAACGAUUUGUGCGACUUGUCCUCCAGCGGACAAUCACGUCCGAUCAAGGCGAAUUGCUCCCGCGGAGAUCAACAUCAGAAGAAGUGAGAGAACAUAAGACGAGUUUGCCGAAUGUUAACGUCACAAUGACCCAAAAACCCACGUCUAAUCACGUCCCGCUCACCGGAAACCACACCACACCGCGAGUGACGCACAUUAUAUCGCAACAACAACCACAACCGAAACCGCAACCGCAACAACAACCACAAAUGCAACCGCGACCGCAACCACAGCCACAAAUGCAAACGCACUCGCAUCCGCACUUGCAACAACAAACACAAACCACUUUUGCACAGACAGCCGUGCCGCAACCCGCACCACGGAAACUUAGUCAGACCAAUGGAACGGCGGGCACGAAACCGGCAACUAACAGUACGAGCACGCCUCUAACUCCCGGCGCCAAUAAAUUGCACGGCUCUAACGACGACGUAUUCGACGACAUCCAGCCGGCGAGGCCGCUGACUAGCGAGGAGUUCCAAGCGAUGAUCCCGGCGCACUUCCUGGGCACGGCGCGCGGCGCGCGGUCCGCGUCGCCGCCGGAGCGCGGCGUGCGCGUCACGGUGCGGCGGCCCUCCCCCGCGCCGCUGCUGCCGCCGCCGCCCGCCGCGCCCGGCCGCGUCACCGAGACCAUCACCAAGUCCACCUUCACCGAGACGACGGUCACGCGCGUCACCGACAACCGCCUCGUCGAGCCACUCAUCAUCGAAGACGUGACGUUAGUCAAAGAAGGAGGAUCUCUCGGAUUUAGCAUAAUCGGUGGAACGGAUCAUUCCUGUGUGCCUUUCGGUGGAAAAGAGCCUGGAAUAUUCAUAUCUCACAUCGUGCCGGGCGGCGUGGCGGCGCGCUCAGGCAAGCUUCGCAUGGGUGACCGGCUUAUCAAGGUGAACGGCACAGAGCUGGCGGGCGCCACGCACCGCGACGCCGUGCAGCUGUUACUGCAGCCCGGAGCCACGCUGCAGCUCACCGUGCGGCACGACCCCCUGCCGUCUGGCUUCCAGGAGCUUACUAUAAUUAAACAAGAGGGAGAAAAACUCGGAAUGCACAUAAAGGGUGGUCUAAACGGUCAACGUGGCAACCCUAACGACCCUAACGAUGAAGGAGUUUUCAUAUCGAAAAUAAACAGCGGUGGCGCCGCUAGGAGGGAUGGCAGACUUAAGGUGGGCAUGCGGCUGCUGGAGGUGAACGGCGCGUCGCUGCUGGGCGCCACGCACGCGGAGGCGGUGAACGCGCUGCGCGCCGCCACGCACGCGCCGCUGCACCUCGUCGUGUGCCACGGGUACUCGCGCGCCGACAAGGGCACCACGGGAAGCGAGAGCGGAACGGCAGAUACAGGCGGCUCUCUGUCUCACUCCACGUCGAGCCUCGAUAGAGACGAAUCGUUGCACCAAAAUCAGGAUCAUCACAGUCGACAGGAUUUAGUGGAGUUUGAACAAGAGAAACAAGUCGCGGAAAUGCGGGAAAAGACCACGCCCGAAAAGGUGAUGGACAUCGUGCACGCGGUGGAGAGCAUCGCGCUGGAGCCGGCGCCGCCCACGUCGCCCGCGUGGCCCGCGUCGCCCGAGCCGCAGCACAAGACCACCACCGUCGUCAUGUCCAAGCACACGCUGCAGCCGCAGUCGUCGAGUCCAGAAGCGGCGCCGCCGUCCCCGCUCGCGGCGUUCACUCAACAAAAGGUGAAGACUCCGCCUCCGCCCGCAGCGGUCGGCUCUCCGGACGGCACGCCCGUCGACCCGCCGCCCAUCAGACCGAAACCACAAGUGCCCCGCAAACCGCAAACGAAACGAGUUAGUUUCAUUUCGGAACCUCACGAAACACACCGACCAUUGUCGACGAACGACCGACCCAGCCCCGGAAUUUUAACGCAUGGGACGCAUGAUGAAACCGCUCCGGAGCCCCCGACCACUAACGAUGCAUGCCAGGGCAGAAGCUCUAUACUAAUACGAAAUCGACCCACAAAAAUAGAGAUGAGCGACACGAAUUCCAAUGUUGUUCGCCCCGACGAAUUUAUUAUACCUCCUCCGCCUCUGUUCUCCACAAAAGUAAGUCAAAGUCAGUUAGUACACGACGUGGCACGCGAGCUAGAUGCCCCUCUUAUCACUGUCGUACCCGAGCGAGUAGUUUUACCGGAACCUAUCGUGGCAGAAACUGCUAUUCAAUCAUCUAAUUCCACUGAUUCUCCCGAAACUGAAUUUCCACCAACAAUAAAUUUUAAUACUCUUCCAACUUUAGACACCUCAUUCAAACCAGAUGAUCCUUUUCGCUCGACCAUUUUUUCUGAAGUGCCUUCGCAUCAAAUCUUUCGAACUGAUCUUCCUUACAAUGACGAUGAUGAGUAUUACAACGAACUAUCCGCCAGUCCAGUUGGAGAACCCGGCCUGCCAGCAUUAUUGCAUGCACAGUAUAAAACACUUCCGACGGUCUCACAUAUACCUAACUCACCUUGCUAUUUGCAUCCAGAUAAAAGCUACUUUGAAGAUUCCCCCGAGCUUGCUCAUGAGUCGUUAUUCGAUUUAAGAACUAAGAAUAUUACAUCAAACAUGAUACAUUCGAAAACAUACCCCCCAGGCAAUCCUUACCCAUCUUUAACGACAGUCGCGGGAACUUUCAAUCCAUACACGUGCACUAUUCCAGUACGUGUCUCGCAUGAUAUGUCAUAUUCGACUUCUAUUCCCCAAUCACCGCCAUUAGUUAGUUCAGUAGAGAGAGACAUAAACGCCAACGUUACGCAAUCUGUUCCAAUUAAAGCGGGAGAUGCCCCUAAAAUUAUUCAAUCAGAAAGAAGAGUUCGUUUUGGCGAAGUGACGACUGCGCCUGAAUUCGAUAGAUUUUCAAACAGCUCAGAAUCGAUGGGAGAGGAAAGCACUUCGCCCGCAUCUGCCAUGAAACCCGGGUGGAGCAGCAAAAUCAAAUCCUUCGCCAUCGGCGAGGCUUCCCCACCUCAAUCUGGUAAUUUUGUAAAAGCGUCUGUAAGCGAUAAGAAAAAGUUUUUCGAAAAUGCAAUGGAAGAGAGUCAUAAGUCAUCGCUCAAACCAGAGAAAGUAUUCACAUUUUUAUCAGCGGAUGAGGUGGAGAAAUUGAAGCAGGAAGAGGAGAGGAAAAUGGCGUCUCUGUCGCGCGCCGAGCUCGGCUCGUGGUCCCCCGGGGAGGACCGCAGCGGAGACAGCGAGCGCUCCGACGACGAGCCCAUUGAGAACGGCCACAGGUACCGCCCCACAUUAUACUCUGUGCACUGUAGCACCAUACGUGAAUGUCAAUCUGUACAUCACAGACUAUCUUCUCUUUUCGAGAUUGACAAGUCUAAAAAACAUAGUAAUUUGUUAAUCGGAUAUAAAGUCGUCGUCGAAGCGAACAGUUCUUUCGCUAAUUCCAUUUGAUACAAAGACCGUCCGAAAAAAGUUUAAUUGAAAAAAAAGUAGAUAUACAUAUGUUAUAAUUUUUGUAACGUGAAUGGCUUCUGCAGUCGUAGACGAACUCUUUUGAAGUAGGGGAUAGCGGAAUGUAUACCGCUCAAAAUCUGGAGGUCUGUCUGGAGAAGUACCUCAGCCUUACAGAAGGUCACAACUAAAUAACACCGCUCGCAAGUAGUGUCGUAUUCCUGUGGCAAGUGUGGUUGACCGCUCACCAUCGCGACCUACUUGUAUAAAAGGCCCGCAAGCGAGACGCCAAGUAACCCCGAGCCCUCCCAGAGGGCUUCCCUUCUUCCUUCGCGGUUGGUGUCUUUAGUAUCCGGCCCCUCUUACUGGUGACGCUGUAAAGGCCGAUAGCAGCACUCUACAAUUCGAAAAAAA